AUGCGUCAUACACCAACUGGCCCCAAUGAAUGGACUGCUUUGUCAAGAAGUGUAUCUUCUAAAUUCUCCACCUCCAUGCUACCAAUGGGGCAUGGUCUAGUAAGUGACACUAGGCAGGUUGACGCAAUCUACAAGACAUCCUCAUAUGAUGGACGAAAGUUCAGCCCGUUUUCAUCCGAAGUGAGGGAGGAAAGUGCAUCAGACAAUGGACUCGGCGCCGAUGAUGCUGACUACGAUGCCGGCGAAACGUUUGAGAAUUUACCGAGUCCACUGUCUGAUGCUGGGAAUCAGGACAACUACUAUGACGGACGACUUCGGACUAGGUACGUUCUACUAAGUCGCCCUGACAACAAGACCAAGUUGCGGCAACGAGGUCAACCCACUUCUUACAGUGAGGCCAACGUACGAAUCCCUUCCACUCGCCUCUUCAAACAAAACGAUAGAGACCUUAACUUCACUUCACAUCCUCUUCCCUCUGCUCCCGAGGCUGUCAGUGAUGGCAGCCGACAAAGAGUUGCCGCCCUAGUCGGGAUGAGCCUUCGUCGACCUGGCAACAUUAUGCUGCCGACUGAAGCUACAGUCACUCCACUGCCACUAGAGACGUCGGCAGGGAAGCCUCGGAUGAACCUUGGAGUCAUCCAUUUUUCAUAUCAAGCCGAUCGUGUACGCACUCAACGUUAA